UCUUUUAGAAAUUUUCCUUUCAAUGAAGCCACUAUUUGCUCAAAUGAUGUCUAUAUAUAGCUACAUGUUCAAUAGACAGUCUAUUCACCAUAUAUUUUUUGUUCCUGGAGCUGUUUAUGGUCUUAUGGCUUAACAUAAAUGCCGUGAUGUACCAUUUGAAAUGAAUCACGGCAUUCUGAAGGCAUGCUUUUGUUUCCCCAAGUCACUGUAUCUGAUCGCUUGGUUUCACCCGGAGGUUGUUUUUCUCGUUUAAGGUGCAGCAGCAGUGGAUGGGGUCGCGCGGGACUAAUUUACACACAGCUUUGAUCUACAGACUCAUUAUGCGCGUGCGUGUCCCAUUUACACCAGCUCCGCUAAAACAUGCUCAUGUGCAGGAUCUUACUACUCCAGACAAAGCGAGAGAUACUUUUUGCUUGUCUUAUUCGUCAAGAUUGCUAGUCGAUUGAGUUACAUUCAAACUUGCGAUCCAUUCCAGACGAUAUGUGAUCCUGCUCCGGUUUUCGGCUUUCCCUAUUUUGUAACAGAAGCGGAGCGCGCGCGGGUGUAUAUUUAUUUUUGGAGAUACCGAACAGUUAGAUGGAUACAAAAGACGUCAUUAAAGUGGACAUCAGCUCAACGUGGUUUUCUUAAGCUGUUUAUGAUCGCGUUUAUGAUUGCAUCAGUGGAGAACUGGACUUUCUGGAGCGUUUCUUAAACCUCAAGAUAUCAUUUUGUUUCUUGCAUAAUAACAAUAACAACACAUAUGGCACGUGCUGCGUAACUAUUAGUCUCUGCGCGCUUUUACGGAAUAGAUGGUUGGGAUUUUUAUCGCUGUAAUGUGAUGGACAUCAGUUCAACAUGAUUUGUUUUAGCUUUGAAUGAUCGUGGUUUCUUGAGCAGAUCCGGAGAAAAUGACUUUCUUUAGAGUCAUUUAAACCUCAAAAUAUAAUUUAGUUUCUUGCAUAAUGAUAAUAAUUAAUUACACAAUGGCACGUGCUGCGUAAAGUAUUCAUCCAUCCGCGCUUUAUUAUGAAUAGAUAGUUAUGAUUUUGUUAUUCUAUCGUGAUAUUCGCUGUACUUUGAUGGAUGUGUGAGGAAAAACAUACGUCUGUAAAGUGGACAUUAGUUUAACAUUAUUUAUUUUAGCUUUUAAUGAUUGUGUUUUUUUGGGCAGGUCCGAGGAAAAUUACUUUCUUGAGCCUUUUUAAAAAUAUAUCAUGUUCAUUCUUGCAUAUUUGCCUUAUAACAACAGGAACACAAUGGCACGUGCUGCGUAAAGUAGCCUAUUAUUGAUCUCUGCGGCUGCGCGCAUUCUUGUGAAUAUAUGUUGUGAUUUUUUGUGUAUUCUGAUUGAUGUGUGAGAGAAAAAAGACGAUUAGUAAGUGGAAAUCGGUUCAACAUAAUUUAUUUUAGCUAUUAAUGAUAAAUAUUACAUUCCUGAGCGAUUUUUACAACCUUAAAAUAUAAUUUUCAUUCUUGCAUAUGAACAACCACACAAUGGCACGUGCUGCGUAAAAUACUAUUGAUCUCUGCGCGCUUUCUUCUGAAUAGAUUAUUUGAUUUUUGUUGUGUGAUACUUACCUUAUUUUGAGGGUGGUGUAAGGCUAAAAAGUCGGGAAUGAAUUUCGAUCAGCUACUGGCCACAAUCGGUGGCUUCGGGAAAUAUCAGAAGCUUCUGUAUGUCUGGAUUUGUUUACCUCAGAUUUUUCUCGGGUUUCACAUGAUGGCGAGCGUGUUUACAGGCGCCACACCACCACACCGCUGUCGGGGUUCAACUUCAGGGAUGGAGGACUGGACUUUUACCUCCAAUCUUUCACAUGUGAACUUGAGCAUCUCCCGUCUGGCCGGAUUCGCGGACGCGUGCACGGCGGCUUCAGGAGUGAACCGGAGCGCGCGCACGAAUUGUGAGACUGGAUGGGUUUACAGCCACGAGGUUUUUCAGAGCACCACUGUCACUGAGUGGGACCUGGUGUGUGAUAAGAGAGGUCUGAGCAGUCUGGGCUCCUCCAUCUACAUGCUGGGUCUGCUUGUAGGAGCUGUUGUAUUUGGAGCAAUGGCAGACAGGUAUGGGAGGAGGUUUGCCAUGCUUGUGUCUUUGGCUCUUCAGACGGUGUUUGGUGUUGCUGCUGCCUUCGCCCCAAACUUUCCUGUUUAUGUCGGUCUGCGCUUCAUCAUAGGAAUGACUGUGUCGGGGGUGAUAAUCAAUGCAUUUGUGCUAGGCACCGAGUGGACUUGCACACAGAGACGGAUGCUGGCCGGCAUCUUCACCGACUACUUUUUCGGUUUUGGCUACAUGUUGCUGGCUGGUGUGGCUUUUCUCAUCAGAGACUGGAGGAAACUGCAGCUGGCCAUCUCUGCUCCUGGCUUUCUCUUCAUAUUCUAUAUCUGGGUUCUUCCACAUUCUGCCCGCUGGCUGCUGGUGAAUAACCGGAAAGAGGAGGCGAUUGAUCUUCUGCGUAAAGCAGCUUCGGUCAAUGGCCGCACCUUGCCUCCCACUGUUCAGGUGGAGAGAUAUGAGAGCCCACAGGGACGUAGUAAGUAUACAGUGGUCGACCUGCUUCGAACUCCACAGAUGAGGAAGAGAGCGCUCAUACUCUUCUACAUCUGGUUUGUUAAUGUACUGGUGUAUUAUGGUCUGUCUCUGGGAGUGUCUGACCUCGGCGCUGACCUUUACCUCACUCAGUUCAUGUUUGGAUUGGUGGAGAUUCCUGCCAGGACGCUGGUGUUGGUUCUCCUGCCCUGCAGUCGGAAGAUCCCGCUGAGUGUGUUUCUGGUCGUUGGAGGAGGAGCAUGUCUGCUCACCCUCACUCUUCCAGCAGACAGUGCUCAUGUUCGGACAGCUUUGGCCAUGGUGGGGAAAUUUGGAAUUACAGCAUCCUUUGCAAUCAUCUAUGUUUAUUCUGCAGAACUUUUCCCGACCGUCCUCAGACAAACAGGUAUUGGUGUUUCAUCUAUGUUUGCGCGGAUGGGUGGAGUUCUAGCGCCGCUAAUAAACCUGCUGGGCCGUCACACACCUGUUGUGCCAAUGCUGAUCUUCGGCUCCACACCUCUGCUAGCUGCAGCGCUCGCUUUAGCACUGCCCGAGACUGCCAGACAACCACUGCCCGACAGCAUUCAUGAUACAGAGAAGUCUACUCUGAAAUAUGAUGGACAAAUUCCUGUACAAGCCAGUCAAUCACCAAACAACACAGAAGGACAAGAACUGCAGAGUUUAGCAGAUGAGUGUAGAUAGACAGACACAAACACACACUUGUUUUUGUCAAUUGUGAGGACAUUGAAUAGGUUUCCACUGUUUUUAUACUGCACAAACUCUAUUUUCUAUUGCCCUAACCCCACCCUAUCCCCAAACCCAACGCUCCCAGAAAACUAUAAUUUUAAUUUUGUGAAAAAACUCAUUAUGUGGGAUUUAUAAGUUUAUUGAGAAAUGAGGACAUCAGCAUUGCCCUUAUAAUUCUCCACCUUCUUGCAAUACGUAUGUCAAACAGUUGAAGAUAUACAGUUGAAGUCAGUAUCAUUACCCCCCUGAAUUAUUAACCCCGUGUUUAUUUUUCCCCAAUGGAGAGAAGAUUU